AUGAAAAAAAUUCUAGUAAAAAAAGCAAUUCCGCCAGACGGUGGAUGGGGCUGGCUAAUCUGUCUCGGAUGUAGUCUAAUUACGUUAUCCCUAAGGUCUCUGGAUCCAUCCUUUGGCUUACUGUUUGGUGAUUUACUUCAAGACCUCAAAGUUGAUUCCACCAGAACAUCCAUGAUAAUGAGUAUUCUUGACGCCAAUAUUAAUUUUUCAGGCUUGUUUAUUGGAUUCCUUUUGCGAAAAUAUUCCUACAGGAAAGUAGCAUUUUUAGGAUCAAUUUUAAAUACCACAGGUCUCAUUCUGACUUCGCAAGCAAAUAGCUUGACUCAUAUUAUUCUAACUUACAGUAUUCUUGGAGGUUUGGGAUCUGGAUUAGCACUUGCAUCAUCAUUUGUGGCUAUGAAUAGUUUUUUCUUGAAAAAAAGAGGUCAAGCUUUAGGGUUUUCAAUGGCAGGAACAACACUGGGAAUGAUGCUAAUGCCCCAGUUGGUCCAUCUUCUCCUCAACAUUUAUGGAUUUCGUGGCACUACUUUAAUAAUUGGGGCAAUUUCAUUUCAUUCAUUAACUUCUGAAAAUCUAGAUGCCACAUCAAAAGAAAAUGAACCUCUCAUAAAAGAAACGAAAAAACAAGAAAAUAUACAGAUAUCAUUGGAUCUUUUAUCGAACCUGACAUUUUUAAAUAUUAUGAUUGGUCUCAGUCUUUUUUACGCAGCGGAUACAAAUUUUAAACUUUUCACCCCUUUUUUUCUGAGCAGUAUCGGAAUGGAGAAGAAGGAAGUGGCCUUUUGCCUGUCCCUGACCGCCUUUAUGGACAUUUUGGCUCGUCUCGUGCUGCCCACUCUCUGUGACAAACUUGGAUUUAAAAAAAGAUACAUUUUUUGGAUUUCGUCCCUUUUUAUUGGACUUGGUCGUUCAGUUUUCGCAGAAGGAUCCAACGACACAUUUUUAUUAGUGGUUUUAGUAAUUAUAGGAUUUAUACGAGGGGCAAGUAUCGUAAAUUUAAAUUUAACAAUUUCUGAAAGCUGUUCUUUAGAAAUGCUGCCCCACGCUUUUGGAAUUUUCAUGAUAUUUAAGGGUACUUUAGUCAUCCUUAUAAGUCCUCUAGUUGGUUACGUAAGGGACAUUGCAGAUAGUUACGAAAUUUGCAUACACCUUAUGACAGGCCUUAUUUUCCUCUCUUUUAUAAUUUGGGGAGUAGAAUUCUUUUACAAAAAAGUCAAUCUCUUUUUGGAAAAAAGAAGAAAUUUUUCAGGCUUGAAUAAAAAUUAUAGAACGUUUUAUUAGGAAAUUGACUGAAUAAUAAUUAAAAGUUAAGAAAUGUACAAUUAGUAGUAAUAAUACGCGCGCCACGGCGCGCGGGAAU